CCUUUAAAAUGUCCAUCUAUUGUCAUUGUAAAAUCUGUAUUUAUUACCAACAAGCUCACAGUCAGCUCAAAUCUGUCCUCUGUGUGUUUGCCUGUGUUUCAAGCUUGUAAUUCAUGCAGACCUUGGCACAACAACAGCGAGAAGGUUAUAUGGCCCGCCUCUGUGUCUUUAAAGGUUGUAUAUUAACAACUUAAUAUUUGGAAAGGACAGGUGAGCGGCCACUUAGAGGAACAGAGGGAGUGUGAAUCUGAGAAGCGAACGACUCAGAGGAGAAAACAGACAAGGACUUGGGUACUGGAUAUUGCUCUUGUGAAAUAAACUUUCAGCGAGGCCGUAGUGCAUGAGACAACAUUUAUUUUCUGGAAUUUGCAACAAAGUUUGAGAAGAAGUUCUUGGAGUGUUUGGUGACUUUAUUGCACUAUAGAUGCACUGGACUCUGGAGCAGGAGCAGUGGAAAAAACAAACACUGAAAGCUCAUGGACUCUCUUUAACAGCUCAAAAAUAUAAAUGCUAGGAACUUCAGAGCUGAAAAUGGGAAUGGGGUGGUGGUGGUGGUUGUGUUUGUGUGUCUUGGGGAUUCUUGCUGCUCCAUGUCGGGGCAUCAGACCGUGUCUGAAUGGGAGUACAAUCAAUGUGAUCUUGCUGCAUGAUGAAGUAUCUCCCUGGAGUCUGAAGUUUGUGGGAGGACAAAUACAGAAGGCCAUAGAGACAGAUUCAACCAUUAACGCUGCAGAAGGUGUGAAGUUUAAUCUCACAGCCGACUAUCAUGGGUUCGACACGACUUUUUAUCGACACAAAGGCUGCCAGAGUAGCGCGUGUGAGGGAGUGGACGAGCUAAUAAACCUGAUGGACUCAGGCAACCUGGGAUGUUCUCUGCUUGGGCCCACCUGCACCUACGCUACUUUCCAAAUGGUUGAUGUGGAAAAAGGUCUGAAGCUCAGUACGCCCAUCAUCUCGGCGGGAAGCUUCGGCCUCUCCUGCGACUACACGCUCAACCUGCAGCGCCUCCUGCCGCCGGCACGCAAGAUCUCUGACUUUUUCAUCCACUUUUGGGAAAACAUCAACACGAUCAAACCUAAGUGGAAGACGGCCUAUGUUUACAAGAAACAGAGCAACACCGAGGAUUGCUUCUGGUAUAUAAAUGCACUGGAUGCAGACUCCAGCAAGUUUGCCCAAAGUAUUGAGAGAGUGGUGCUGCGCAAACCAGAAGAACUGAAAAAAGUAAUUACAUCACCCCAAAACAGGACAAGCAACCUGUUCAUCAUGUGUGGAUCACCAAUGGACGUAGUGGAGGUGAAAAAUGGCUCCAAAGAGGCAGACAGCAGUGAUAUUCUCUUUGUCCUUAUUGAUCUUUACAAUGAUAAUUACUACACCAACACAUCGUCACUGCCAUCCAUGAAGAAUGUGUUGGUGUUGACUAUGCCCAACACCAGAAACUACACUAUCAACACAGACCUGAAAGACAACAACACGAUGAAUGAUUACAUGGCUGCGUACCAUGAUUCGGUGCUGCUGAUUGGCCAGGUGAUGAGGGAAAUAGUUGAAAAACCUCAGUCGGAGAUUCAGCAGAUGGAGUUUGUCAAUGUGAAUUAUUUCAGAAACAUCUCCUUUAAUGGAAGUGCUGGAAACUAUAAACUGGACAAGCAUGGAGACAGAGACGUGACUCUCUCAGUCAUUUACACCACUACUGACAACAAGUACCGAAUUUUAUUCACAUUCGACACUGAGCACAACCAAACCACCGUGGUUGAGACAGACCCUUCCUUCAUCUGGGGAAAAAUACUUCCUAAUUUCAGACCAGACCAAGCCUCAGACCAGGCAUUUCAUGACAUCAUUGUCAUCAUGUUGGCUGUUACAGUGGUUGUGGUGGCCACCAUCGCCUUUAUUUUCUACAGACAGAACAGGAGAGACCGACUGCUGAGGAAGCGCUGGUCCCACAUCGCCUCUGAUCUCAUCACACUGGUGGAGAACAGCAAACUCAAUGUCAUCUCUCUUAGGAUUGAAGACGACAGGAAAGACAUGAAUUUCCAGAUCCGCUGUGCAUUCUAUGAUAGGAAGAUUGUAAUUCUGAAGGAGCUGAAGCACUCAGAUGGGAACUUCAACGAGACCCAGAGGAUAGAGCUUAAUGCGCUCCUGCAAAUCGACUAUUACAACCUCACAAAGUUUUAUGGCACAGUGAAGUUUGAUCAGGGUGUGUUCGGAGUGUUUGAGUACGGAGAAAGGGGGUCGCUCAGGUGUGUGCUGAACGACAAGGUUUCGUACCCAGAGGAGACCUUCAUGGACUGGGAGUUCAAGAUCUCCGUCAUGUACGACAUCGCCAAGGGCAUGUCAUAUCUUCAUGCCAGUGACAUUCAGGUGCAUGGUCGCCUCAAGUCCACCAACUGUGUGGUGGACAAUCGCAUGGUGGUGAAGAUCACAGACUUUGGCUGCAACACAUUUCUUAGCCCCGGCAGAGACUUGUGGACUGCUCCGGAGCAUCUGAGGAGACAGGGCACCUCGCAGAAAGGAGAUGUCUACAGCUUUGCCAUCAUCGCUCAGGAGAUUGUUCUCAGAAAGAACACCUUCUACACCAAGGGCUGCUCCAGCCGAGCAGAAAAGCUGUCCAAGGUCAUCAUGUCCUAUUUCAGACCCGAUCUUAACUUUGAGACGGCUUCAGAGAAAGAAUUAGAGGUGUACAUGUUGAUAAAAAGCUGUUGGGAUGAGGAUCCAGAAAAAAGACCUGACUUUAAGAAGGUAGAAAACUGUCUGGGGAAAAUCAUCAGUAAAAUUCAUAACCAGGACAAUGAGAGCUACAUGGAUAACAUGAUCAGACGGCUGCAGAUGUAUUCCAGAAACCUGGAGCACCUGGUGGAGGAGAGAACGGCCCUCUACAAAGCUGAGAGGGACCGAGCAGACUGCCUCAACUUCAUGCUGCUUCCUGGCCCAGUGGUGAAAAGCCUGAAGGAGACUGGUGUGGUGGAGCCAGAGCUGUACGAGGAAGUGACAAUAUAUUUCAGUGACAUAGUCGGUUUCACCACUCUGUGCCAGUACAGCACACCGAUUGAAGUGGUGGACAUGCUCAACGACAUCUACAAGGGCUUUGACAGCAUUGUCGACCACCACGAUGUAUACAAGGUGGAGACGAUUGGCGAUGCGUACAUGGUGGCCUCCGGGCUUCCGAAGCGAAAUGGGAACAGGCACGCGGUGGAUAUCUGCCGCAUGGCGCUGGACAUCUUGGCCUUCAUGGGUACCUUCCAGCUCCGACACCUGCCUGGUAUCCCUGUGUGGAUACGCAUUGGCGUUCACUCAGGUCCCUGUGCAGCAGGUGUUGUCGGGAUAAAGAUGCCCAGAUAUUGUUUAUUUGGUGACACGGUCAACACGGCAUCUCGUAUGGAGUCUACAGGACACCCCCUGCGGAUCCACGUCAGUCAGCCUACUAUAAAUAUCCUGCAGAGGACAGACUGCAAGUUUGAGCAUGAGAUCAGAGGAGAAACGUAUCUGAAGGGUAAAGGCACAGAGACAACCUACUGGUUGACAGGUGAGACGGGCGAAGACUACGACCUCCCAACUCCACCCACAACGGAGAACUUCCAGCGGCUCCAGCAAGACCUCGCCCACAUGAUCCUAGCGUGUCUAGAGCGCCGCUCUCGGGGCUCUGUCCGGAGGAAGAAGCCGCUCUCGAGUCAGAGCGAGGAAGACGACAAGGACCAGGAGUCAGAGGUGGAGUCUGAGAGCGACCAUCCUGAGUACCUGCAUCUGGCCACUGUGGAUAACACCCUCAGUACCUUCCUGUAGUACAAGCCUACUGUAAAGUACUUCACUCUCACAAUCUGACUGCAUGUUAUUACACUACUAGAGGGAAGAAAAGACUGUAGCACUGUACACUACAAAUUAAAACACAUUAUAAAAUAAGUGACCUAAAAGUCUCAGUAAGGAUGUAUUUGUCAUUAGGUCAUCUUGUUUGGUUUUAUUCCACUAUAUAUUUCUGAUAUGCAGCUGGCAUCAUUUCUCAUUAGAAAUUAGAAUCUCCUGCCUUGUCCUUGCUUUUUUGUGCUCCUUAUUGAAUCCCUGGUUAGAAGUGCAACAGCAAGCACAGAUGUGAAGAUAACAGGUUGCUUGGUAUAAAACUGAGUCAUAUGGAGCUAAAAUUAUCCUGAGCAACAUGACAGACAAGAUAUUGCAAUUGUUCCCAGUGCUUAAUAUGUCUUUCACAUUUUUGGAGGGAAAUGGUGAGUGCAUCUCUGCUGAUAAGCAUGACAAUAUGAGCGAAUUAAUUAGUUGGUGCAACAGAACUCAACAUAAUGCACCAAAGUAUGAAUUAGUGACUUAGCAACCCAACAAUUAUUAGAUUUGGUUCAAAUCUACAGAUCCGAGCCAAACUUUACAUUUGCAUUAGAGCAAUUACACUUGCUCUAAUCCUCUAAAGUAUGCCGGAGUGGCCACAGAGAGAAAAAAAAUACCAUGUUUUACUACAUCAAGUGAUCGAAAUGCUAUUGCGUGCGCACAAACAAUUGGUUCCCACCUUUUUGGUAAAUUUGUGUACAAAAGAUAAUAUAUACGGAGAGCCAGCCAGACCAGCCAGACCAGCUUUCUCCCUGAAGCAUGAAGUGCAGUGCACCUGCAAGAUUGUGAUUGUAAAUAAAAGGUUAUUAUUAAAUGCCAACCAUGGCCAAUAUCAUGAGCUGCUUAGAGCCAUAUUUAUUGACACAAUUCGUUCUUCUCUGAGUGAGAGGAAAAUGACACAUUUAUCAGUCACUUACUCCUUCUUACAGCAAAGUACUGCAUAGAAAGAGAUUUUAAGAACAACUCUCUUAUUACACGAUUAAUCACAUUUAUGCUUUGAGCAGGAAUAGCCAAUCAGACAAUGAUUUAAAGGAGCUAUAUGUAAGAAUUUUAGUUUAAAACAUUCAAAAAAUAACUCAAAUUAUGAACAGAAUGUGAAGAAGUAACAGUUUUGGUGUUAUGUCAAAUGUAUUGUGUUGCAGAGCUAUCUACUGAAGUUAGCAUGGUAACAAGCUAGCCUUGGCCCGUCCUGUCUCGUAAUACCACUUUGUACCUCAAGAGGCGAUAGAGAGUCACUGUAGCGUCCAAUGAGAAGAUGAAGAAGUAGUGCUGUGCCGAGGGCAAGAAACCAUUUUUGGAGGCAAAGAAUGAAGUGAUAGAAAUAUAAACAAAACAAGAGUUAGGCAGUUCUCGGUGAGUAAAGGGAUGUUGAAAUGUUUAUGCUGAAAUCGCAACAUUUCUUCUAGACUGGUAAGUAAACAGCUGUUAAUGCUAACGUUCGCUAUUAGGCAAGGUAGCUAAUUGCAAAACAUUACUGACAGUGUUACUAUGUUAUGUUAAGUUAGCUGUUGGUUGAAAGAAAGACCUAUGGGAGGGACUGCGCAUUUCUAUGAUAGGGAUGGACACCCUAACUUUCUGGUGAUAUGCUGCCCCUAAUUUGUUUGGAGUAUGAAUUUGACGGGUGGCCAAUUCUUACAUAUAGCUCCUUUAACCUAUAUCUGCCAUAUUGUUCAUCCUUUAAAAAUCCUGCAAUUUCACCCAGUGAUGUUAUUUUGCAAAAACAUACGUGAUUUUAAAUUCUUUAAAAUGUCCUAAUAUGUCUUGUUUUUUUCUCAGCAAUUACCAUGUGAAACAAUCUAGAAUAUUUAUAAUGUGUGUGUGUGUGUGUGUGUGUAUAUAUAUAUAUAUAUAUAGAGAGAGAGAGAGAGAGAGAGAGAGAGCUUUAUUCUUGGUUUUUCAUUACUGAUAAAUGCAAAAAAGUGGUGUAACAUACUAUUGAAUGUUCAAAUCAAAUGCAAAUACUAGGCUAAAAUAACCUUAUUCUGUGUUGUCUUAUUCUUGUACACUCCAAAACGGUGGGUGUGUACUCACCUCUGUCUCUGUCAUCUAGGAUAUACUCUAACCAACUUAACCUUUGGCACUCCCUUAAAUUUAAGAGCAUUUUUAGUAGUAAGAAAUAUGAUAAAUAACUUUUAGUCUUAAGUUUGUGAGUAGGAGUAAAAGUGAAGGAUUUUUACUAUUAUCUUUUAGCAGUUCGAUAAAUACGGGCUGUGUUUUGUAUGUACUUUUAUUCUUGUACUGGUUACUUGAUAUGCUUACUUCAUACGUAUUUUUUUUACCCAAAGGGCAUAUCUUUAGACAACUGCUUUUGACCACAGUUGUAUCUCUAAUGGAGCACUGGCUGUACAUUUCAACCACUGAGAUUGACAUGAGAUGGUUUAGGAGAUAACUACUGCACUAACUGUAUGCAUCUGUUGACUGAAGAGCUGGCUUUGUUAUUUUAAACGUAGCACUAAAUACCAGUGUAAGGUGAGGUGGUCUCAUCACAACCGUGUCAUGGUUGUAACGUCUGCCUCCAAAAAACGAGACAAAGGACCAAAGGGCAAAGAUUUAUUUUUGUUGAGAAUGGUGACAUUCAUUAACAUUAAAUAAAAAAAAAACAAAAAAAAACAAUUUACCUUCUGUCACAUUGUUGAAAAUAUUGUAUGUUGUUCAGGUCCUGAUGAAAUACAGUUCAAUGAAAUCAGAACACACAGCGUUUCUUGAAGCCUUUACAGGUUCAUCUGAGGCGUUACAAUGCAUGUCACAUAGUUUUGUUUUAUGUAUACAGACACUGAGGCUCUAUAGACAGCAGAAGAAAGAAACUCCAGCAUCAGAUAAAAAUAUUUUUCUAUCCACAGCUGCCUGACAGAUUUGUUGUUUGUUUGUUUUUUUGCACAGAAUAAUGAAAGAGGACUGCUAUGUAGACUUUUACACAUCAAAUACUAUGUGAAAACACACUCAGACUAUACAGCAGAAACAAUUCAACAAAUAGUGUACAAAUAAAAAACUUAAGUGUGGAUCCAGCAAACCAAACAAGGUAACUGGACAUGCAAAUGGAGCUUUAUAAAACUGGCCUAAUGGUAACACAUUUUAAUUUGAGAGGAAAACUAAAAUCUAUUCUUGGGGAAAUGUCUGUUCAACAGCAUUUAUGUGAACUAUAUGUAUGAAUAUUUAGCUAACCUGAUGAAUAUAUUUCUAUAUACUGUUGAAGAUCAUCAGGUUAAUCAAAAAUAAAAGCUAGUCAUCAAGUAGAAAAAAGCAAAAGUCAUCCAAAGAUGACGUUAAACCCCCCACAAAAAAAAAGUCACAGUCUUUUUACUGUGUAACAUUCAAAAAGAAACCUUGUGAAUAAAUUAGACAACCGAAUGUACAAAAAAAAAUAAAA